AUGCCUCAACACAGAUAUAAUCUUAGGCCUGGGGCAAAGGGUCGCCAGAAGGCAAGCCCGACGCCAGAGCCUGAGCCGGAGGGAUCUGCUGGCAGCAGAUCCUCGCCAGAGGCGCAGGCUCCGAAAAAGGGAAAAAAGGUUGCCAAAGCUCGCCGAAAGAAGAAAGUGCAAGCGCGGAAGAGGGCACAGAGUACCCCAAGCGCUGAUGGUGCUGGUUCGCCGCAGGGAGAGCAAGAGGAGGAUGCGGCACAAGAAGUCGUCGAGCCUCAGCUGCCAGAGCCUGAACCGGAAUCCUCACCAGAGGUGCAGGCUCCAAAAAAGGCGAAAAAGGUUGCCAAAGCUCGCCGAAAGAAGAAAGUGCGAGCGCGGAAGAGGGCACAGAGUACCCCCAGUGCUGAUGGUGCUGGUUCGCCACAGGAACAAGAGGGCGCGGCACAAGAAGCCGUCGAGCCUCAGCCGGCAGCCCAAGAGGAGCAAGCGGACGCAGUACAAGAGCCCGUCGAGCCUCAGCCGGCAGCCCAAGAGGAGCAAGCGGACGCAGUACAAGAACCCGUCGAGCCUCAGCCGGCAGCCCAAGAGGAGGAAGCGAACGCGGCACAAGAGCCCGUCGAGCCUCAGCCGGCAGCCCAAGAGGAGCAAGCGGACGCAGUACAAGAACCCGUCGAGCCUCAGCCGGCAGCCCAAGAGGAGGAAGCGGACGCUGGUGUGGUUGACCGUCAGGUGAGUCCUGCCUCACCCGAGGGCUCAUACUCACCACCCAGCGCAGCCAUUCGCUUGAUGGAGAGAUAUCAGAAUCCUCCAGAAGGCCUCGACGAUGCUGGCGGUGGUGCUGCGGGGGUAGAGAGUCCCGGGAAUGAUCAUCCGGGCAUGAAUGAGCAGGAUGGAUCACCUGGCCAUCAAGAGAAUCUUGGAGGGCCAGCAAAUCAGGCGCAAGAAAUCGCUGGAGACCUUGUUUCCCCGGUGCCGGAUGGCCUACCAAGAGGGGACCUUGACGCACAGUGGGACGCUCUGGAUCAGGCGAUGAUAAGGGACGCGGUCCAGAACCAGCAGGACCAUAUGGUUCCAGCUGGUCCAGCGCGAUCCCCAGGGAGGCCACCGACGGCAGAGGAUCAUGCAGCGCAUGGGAUUCAGCCGGAGGGCGAAAAUCCGUACAGUCCCGAACUGGCUGCCCUGCUAGGAAUCGACCUCCAAAACAAGCAGCUCCUUGUCGCCGAGGCCGUGGCCUACCACGCCGCCCGGGAGCGGCAGGCCCGCGAGGCGCCCGAUCCCCGCCGCGCAGAGCGCGACGGCUGGCAGAGCUGGUGGCCCCAGCACGACCCUCUGGUUAGGGAGUGGGUCGGGGAUAGGUGGAACGAGAUGUCGAGACAAGAGAAGGAUGAGCUUCUGCAGGAUCUUGCCAGCUCUGACGCGCCGGAAGCCAGGCGCAGGCAAAUGGCGGCGGAUAUCCAGGAGGCAGAGGCACUUCGGCGGCGGCAGUGGAACGAACAGAUGGAAAAACAACUUUUGGAGCGUGAGGACAAUGUGGAGAUUGCGGAUGACGGCCAGCCGCAGGUGCGGCUGUCACUGGAGAAUUUUACUGCCGCCGUAGCCUGGGAGGUGGCUGAGCAGACUCGUGUCUAUCCAGCUUGGGCGACGCCGGAUGAGGUGUAUCGGGUGGACGACGCCUCUUCUUGA